UACUCAUUUGUAGUUCCUAUUUUCUAUAGUUUGGGAAUCCUUUGGAAUCCUUUCUUUGUGUCAAAACUUUGUAAAAUUGUAUACUACAUUCUAGGACCAGGAUUGUCAGAAGUUCUGUUUUCCAGAGUCAGGUAAGUGACAACUGAGGUCAAAUGUAAGUUUAAAAAAGAAAAAAAAAAGUGUGUGUGGGAGUGGGGGAUGAAGACAGGAUCACUUUCCAAAUAUUAGCUAAGCUGUUAGAUUCUUCAGCUCAGUAGUUAUAAGUGGAAAGGAGCUAGAAAGUAUGAUUGAACUUCCUGUUUCAGCAGCAUCCUUUUCCGGGAGUGAAAAGAUAACUGUUUCCUAUCCCUAUAAGUAGUAUAUAUUUUUACUCAGUAACUCAAAAUUGGUCUUACUUAUUUUGAUAUUUCAGAAACAUUUCUUCUCCUUUUGAAAAUGUCGUGUAGAUUGUCCUUUUUUUGUUUUGUUUUGUUUUUUGUUUUGUUUUGUUUUUUCGAGACAGGGUUUUUUUGUGUAGUCCUGGCUACAAAAUGCCCUUUGAGAAUACCUUACACACUGGUUAAGUGAUCUUUACAAAGUAGUUCUUGUUUUUUCUAUAGUUGAGUUCCUUGUAUCAUUAAAUGGCACCUUUCUUCUGCCUUUUGGGGAUAAAUAUAUUUGUACUUGAUUCUGGUUUGAACAUUGUUGGAUUCUAUGUGACAAGUGAGUAAAGCUAAAAAAGGACAUCAGGUGUGGAUAACUCAUCCUCAAUCUAGACUUGACACCCACAUUUUCCAGUGGUUCCUUUCCUUUGGUUUGAUGCCUAUCUUUUCAGCCAAAUACUGAUUUCCCUAAUUAAUCCCAAGAGAUUUCCCCCUCCUAAUGAGGCUGUAAAGUGAGAGCAGAAAUGCUACCUUGAGAGACAUCCAGGAAAUAGUAGGUUUCAUCUUUCCUCCUCUUGCCUGACUUUGGUGAGUUGGAGAGUGUUGACAGAGCCUUGAGCCCUCUUGGCAGAGAAUGAGAGUCAGAAAGAGAACUCCAGCAGGUGUCCAGGUCCUGACUUGUCUCGUUAGGGAGAAUUCAUCCUUGUCUGUCUGGUUGGCAGGGCACGGUAGUCACUGAGACCCAGCAUUUCAGCAGUUUGCAGAAGAAGUGAUGUGAACAGACAGCUGCAAGGGAGACACAGCCUAGAUCUGAGGAGAUGAAGCAUUUACUUCACUUGGAGGAAAGAGAAGGAAGCAAGCCGAGGGCUUAACGGGCACUGGUCCCCAAGUUCAUUGGUCAUGGCUCCUCGUUCACGGCGGCGAAAGCACAAGAAACCCCCACCAGCGAUUCCCAUGAUUGAAAUCCCACCCACAGAAGUGUCUCCAGUGUCUCCAGUCCUCUCAAAACCUGGCCCUAGCAUUGAUGCACUUGGCUUCAUUUCCUUGGACAAUAAUGUACCAGGUCUGUCCCAGUUGAUCCUCCAAAAGCUGAACAUGAAAAACUAUGAAGAAUACAAGUUGGUGAUAAAUGGGGGAACCCCAGUAUCAAGCUUUGGAUUUCAAUGUCAACAAGAAAUGUUCCAGAAGAUGGAGGACACGUUCAGAUUCUGUGCUUAUUGUAAAGUGCUCCCUCAUGGCCUUUCCAAUUGCAAGGUUCUCCGGCACUGUAAGAGGUGCAGAAAUGUCUAUUACUGUGAUACAGAGUGCCAGAGGUCAGAUUGGCCAGCACAUAGGAAGGUUUGUCGAGAGCUCCGUCUUGUGGCUGUAGAUCGUGUCAUGGAAUGGCUUCUGGUCACAGGUGAUUUUGUCCUACCCUCAGGACCUUGGCCAUGGCUUCCUGAAGAUAUAAAGAAUUGGGAUACCUGGUUUUCUAUGAGGGGUUUACAGCUAGAAUCUACAUUGAAUGCUCUUCUGGGUAGUCACUCUAUGACCAUGCUUUGGGCGAGUCUAGGAAGGCCACGGCCAGACCCAGAUGUCUUGCAUGGCUCUUUGAAGCGGUUGAUGACAGAUGUUCUGUCACGGCCCUUGACCCUGGGCUUAGGGCUUCGGACUCUGGCAAUAGAUGUUGGGAAGGCUGGAGGAAGCACAUUGCAUGUGGUUGGUGCUUCCCACGUGGAGACAUUUCUUAUUCGUUCUGGAGAUUAUGAUGAGCUUGGCUACAUGUUUCCUGAACACCUUGGCUUUCGUGUGAUCAUGGUGGGUGUGGAUGUGGCUACUGACCUUUUACAGAGUUCUUCAUCUUUAUCCUUGGAGCCUGGAACAAUUCAGCUUAGUGGCCACAGGGCCCUGUAUCAUGACUUCUGGGAGGAGCAAAUAGAGACUGGGAUUCUGGCCCAUCCAGAUUUGGUGGCUGCAUUCCAUCCAGGUUUCCAUGCCUCCCCAGGCUUGAUGGAAGCCUGGUUACCUACCCUGCUGCUACUUCGUGACUAUGAGAUUCCAACAUUGAUUACUGUUUACAGCCAACAGGAAUUGGAAGCCUCUUUGCAGAUUCUGGUGAACUUGGAUACACACAUCAUUGCUUGUGGAGCUAAUCCUUUCGCAUCCCUCAAACCAGAACAAGUCUAUUCUAAUCCCAACAAGCAACCAGUAUACAGCAGUGCCUACUACAUCAUGUUUCUUGGAAGUUCCCCCUGCCAAUUAGAUAUGAAGCAACUAGAAGAAAAAAACAAACAUGAUUUUUCAGUAAUUGAACCAAGUCUUUACUGA